AUACGUUUUCUCUAACUCUAUUUACUUUUCAAGCUCUUGUAGUUCUAGCUUCUCUAUAUAAACAAAUUUCUCGGUACUAUCACACAUUCAGCACUGAAUUUACUAUCAAAAUCCCUGUCACUUGUAGCCAACUAUUCUAUAUAAUUUAUUUUCUUCUAUAUAUCCAGCAACUAGACAGCCAUGACCAUGGUUAUUCAGAAGUGGCUGCUCUUUCUGUUUUUGCAUAUACAUCUCCACGAUCUCAUCCUAGCAGAGCUGCCUGGGUUAAUAUACUAUAAAUGUGGUGUCGAGGGUAACUAUACUAAAAAUAGUGUAUACCAGAAAAAUCUUAACUCGCUCCUCUCUUCCCUUUCCUCAAAUAUGGAUAAAUAUGGUUUCUAUAAUGCUUCCAUUGGUCAAAACUCCGACAUGGCCAAUGCUAUUGUGCUAUGUAGAGGAGAUUUGGAGGUACAAGAAUGUCGCAAUUGUGUCCCAAACCUUGCUGUACAAGAAUGUCGCAAUUGUGUCCAAAACCUUGCUCAAAAGCUUGUACAAAAAUGUCCUAACCAAACAGAAGCUUUUGGUGGCUAUGAUGGAUGUAUGUUAUGGUACUCUAAUCUAUCCAUUUUGGACGCUAGGUCAAAUUCUACUCUAUAUUACAUGUGCAGUCAGUGGAAUGCCUCAAAACCUGAGGAUUAUAAUCAGGAAGUAUAUAGAUUUUUGGGUACUUUACAAAGCCGUAUUGCAAAUGGUGGUUCUCUUCUAAAAUAUGCUACUGGUAAUGUGACAGUUCCAGAAUUUCAGACUGUAUAUGCACUUGCGCAGUGUAUUCCUGAUUUAGUUCCUCAGAAUUGCUUCGACUGUCUAACUGAUGCUUAUGAACUGAUUAGUUUCUGCAAUGGAAAGAUGGGUGGCAGAAUCGUACUGCUUAACUGCAACUUCCGUUAUGAGAGUUACUCUUUCUUCAAGGAUGUGGCGUUGGAAGCUCCGCCACCUGCAGGGAAUGAUAAUAAAACACCUCUGACAAGGAAUGAUAAUAAAACAGCUCCGAUAGGGAAUGAUGAUACAAUAGUGAAGGAUGAUAAAACAGCUCGAUCCCACAUUACUAUCAUUGUGCCAAUUGUUACGAUUGUUAUUCUUACUGUAUGUAUUUUUGUUAUCUUAAUGAAGAAGCGAAAGAGGAAAUUGACGGACAAAAUUCAAGGUACACUCGGUGAUGACAUUAGCAAAGUAGAGUCCUUGCAAUAUGAUUUUUCUACAAUUAGAGCAGCAACAAAUAACUUCUCAAAUGCGAAUAAAUUGGGACAGGGCGGAUUUGGUCCUGUAUAUAAAGGCGAACUUCCAAAUGGACAAGAAGUAGCAGUGAAAAGAUUGUCAGCAGAUUCAGGCCAAGGUGAUCUAGAAUUCAAAAACGAGGUCUUGUUGGUUGCCAGGCUUCAGCAUAGGAGUUUGGUUAGGUUGCUGGGAUUUUGCCUAGAUGGAAUAGAGAGACUUCUCGUCUAUGAAUUUGUUCCCAAUGCGAGCCUUGACCACUUUUUAUUCGAUCGAGUUAAACGUGGCCAACUAGAUUGGGAAAGACGAUCCAAAAUCAUAGGAGGCAUUGCAAGGGGAAUUCUUUACCUUCAUGAGGAUUCUAGAUUUCGCAUCAUUCAUCGUGAUCUCAAAGCUAGUAAUGUUCUACUUGAUGCAGAAUUGAAUCCUAAAAUUGCAGACUUUGGCAUGGCAAGGCUAGUUACAGUGGAUGAAACUCAAGGCAACACAAAGAGAAUCGUUGGGACCUAUGGGUAUAUGGCACCAGAGUAUGCAAUGCACGGGCAGUUUUCAGUCAAAUCAGAUGUUUUUAGCUUUGGAGUACUAAUCCUAGAAAUUGUAAGUGGAGAAUCUGUGAAAGACCUUCUGAGCCAUGUUUGGUCAAACUGGCAUGAAGGAACAACUUCAAAUUUGAUCGACCCCAUGCUGACUGGAAGCUCAGGACUAGUUCGUGACGUAAUUAGAUACAUCCACAUUGCUUUAUUGUGUGUUCAAGAAGAUGUUGCAAAUAGACCAACCAUGGGUGCAGUUGUUCUCAUGCUUAAUAGCCAUUCUUUGAGUCUUCCACUUCUUCAAGAAUCCAAUUCAAGAAUGUCCAAGUCAAGUAAAUUAGCUAAAAGUGAAUCUAUUUGUUUAUCGCGAAAUGAGGCGUCAAUAACUGAGUUAUAUCCCCGAUAACAUCCUUUAACAUAAUAGCGUUUUUCUGUGCUUUCUUAUUACAUUGCUAUUUGUUCAAACCACCCAAUUAGUAAGGGAA